CAAUAGCAAUAGCAAUAGCAAUAGCAAUAGCAAUAGCAAUAGCAAUAGCAAUAGCAAUAACAAUAGCAAUAGCAAUAGCAAUAGCAAUAGCUAUAGCAAUAGCAAUAGCAAUAGCAAUAGCAAUAGCAAUAGCAAUAGCAAUAGCAAUAGCAAUAGCAAUAGCAAUAGCAAUAGCAAUAGCAAUAGCAAUAGCAAUAGCAAUAGCAAUAGCAAUAGCAGACUAG